AUGUCUAUUCAAAAUAUACCGCAAGAAAUUUUAACUCAAAUAUUUUAUUCGCUCGACAGAAAAGAUGUCUACAUAUCCAUGUUCGUAUGUAAAAUGUGGUACUUUGCCGCUUUGCCAUCUUAUUUUCAAAAGGUCAAUUACUUGGCAUCAUACACCCCAAAACAACUUUUUGGAUAUGGAUAUUUGAUAAAAGAAUUGACUUUAAACUGGGAGGAUCCCCAAUGGUAUAAGCGUGAAAAAGAGUGUUUUGUAAAGAUAUUAUCUUAUGCCCCGAAUUUGAAAAAACUCGAUUUUUCUACGAAUUACCACUGCUAUAUUGAAAUUUUGGAUUUUUUGCUUCAACUUCCGGACGCAAACAGAUAUUUACGUCACAUUGAAGAAAUUGUUUAUGGUAAAUAUUGGAUGUCGAAAACAAAUCAUUUUCUUGUAUGUUACAAUGCCCGUAAAUCAAUCAAACGAAUGAAACUUUUUGUAUCUGGUGAAGAUGUAUCAAGUGAGCGAAAAAUACGAUUACUUGAUUACUUACCUCAUUUUACAUCACUCACUCGCUUGGAUAUUGAAUACGUCAAAAGCAGUGAUCUUACAAUAUUUGAUAUUUCGCUCUGUUGUGAGAAUCUUACAGAACUUAUUUACGUAAACAAGUUUCCAACAUCUUCACACUUAAAAAACCACGUCAGCACCAAAAGAAACAAGCAUUUAACACGCUUAACAAUAACUUCGCGCACAGAUUCUAUUCAUUACUUUAAUUAUAUUCGUACUGUCGUGGACCAACUGGAAUAUCUAGACUUGAACUUUGGAUACAGUGACGAAUCCAACAUAUUUCCAUUGAUUGAACAAUUUGCUGAACAGCUAAGUAACAUCAAGAAUUUAAACAUUAUUGCAGAAGCAGACGGCAGACCAGAUAUUCGACUUAUACAGACAAAGGCAUUCUACAACACCUUAUUGAAAUUAAGAGGUAACUCGGAUUUACGGUACGAUGCAACUAUCACCUCUGUUGGGCGUAAAGAUCAAAUUACUAUUAGUAAUAGUAAAUCCAAUUUAUCGUACGGGAUAACGAUACCUCUUUGCCCUGGUUUUAAGGAUAAACAUGGAAUUAUCAAAAGCUUAAAUUUUCCGGAAGGUAACAGGGUCAGCUUAAUGGAUAUUCUCUCUUUUGCCAAAGGUUUUCAAAAUCAUGAAACUCUUUAUGUCCAAUUUGGAUGCUUUCACUUUAUGGCCAGUAAAACAGCAAUAUCCGUCUCCAGUAAUAGACCUUCACAAAAAUUACUUGAUCAGAUACACGAAACCUAUCCAAAUGCAGAAACAAUCAUUUUCUCGAGAGAAGAAAAUUUUAGAGGGAGAAUACUUGGAACUACCUGGGAUUUAACAUCUUUUAAACGCUUGAAUAAUUUCAGUUUUGAUGCUAAUCACAUUUGCGUAAAAGAUUACGAUUCUGCGUUCCUUAAAUUUGACUACGGGGGCUUUCACAGCUACAAAAGAGUGUAUUUUAAUGGAGAUGGCAAAAAGAAUAUACCCGUGACAGUUGAAGAAUUAUCAAAACCCAGCACAAAUACAAUGGUUGUCACUAUCAAAGUUUGCAGCCAGUUGGUUGAGAUUCAUUGCAAUGCCAAUGAAUUUCUCACAGUAGAAACAGUUUCUUUUUAA